UAUCAGUCUUAUCUAACACUACACAAAAGCAAAAACUGAGAUCAAUUGGAAACCCUAAAUAAGAAGAAAAAUGGAUAUGCCGGGUGGUAUCAGAGAGGUAGAAGGAUCAGCCAAUAGCGUCGAGAUCGAAGGCCUUGCUCGUUUUGCUGUUGAUGAUUUCAACAAGAAACAGAAUGCAUUGUUGGAGUAUAAGAAAGUAGUGAAUGCAAAGCACCAAGCUGUGGCUGGGAUGAUGUAUUAUUUAACCUUAGAGGUAAUGGAUGGUGGUCAUAAGAAGCUCUACGAAGCCAAGAUUUGGGAAAAACUUUGGUUAAACUUUAAGGAGGUUCAGCAUUUCAAGCUUGUUGGUGAUGCACCUUCAGCGACUAGCUCUUAGUUUGCUCGGUGAGGCAAGACUGUGUAUAGGUUGCUAUGUUUGGAAGGUAAUGCAUGCUCAAGAUAUAAGUAGAGAAUAAUAUUGGCAUCAUUAUUGCUUAAUGCAACUGGAUGUUUUUUAAGUUACAAGACUUAUGUGUAUGUAAUGCUGAAUCUGCUCCAAAUAGUACAUAAUUAUGAAUGGUUACAGCUAUUUACGUA